UCGACUGAGCUGGUCUGGCGGCCAUUUACAGCAGCAGAACCGGGCUCGAGACACAGAGAGAGGGAUCGAGGAAGGGAGAGAGAAAGAGAGAGGGAUAGAGGGAGUAAGAGAGAGAGACAGACUGAGUGAGUGAGGGAUACAGAAAGAGGGAGCGGGUGUAAGAGAGAUAGAAGGGAGGGAGAGAGACAGACAGAGACAGGCAGGAGGAGGGAGAAAGAUAGAAAGAGAGAGAUAGAAGGAAGAGGAGAGAGAGACAGGAGGAGGGAGGGAGGGAGGGAGAAAGAUAGAAAGAGAGAGAUAGAAGGAAGGAGAGAGGGAGGGAGACCCUGAGUGAGAGAGAGGAGGGAGGGAAGGAAGGAAAAGGGGGUGAGAGAGAAACAGAAAGAGGGGGAAGAGAGAGAGAGAGACACUGUAUGUGUGAGUGAGUGAGAGGAGGAAAGGGGUAGAGAGAGAUAGACAAAUAGACACAGAGGGUUGGGAAUAAGGAAGGGAGAGAGCGAGUGAGAGAGAUGCACACACAGGGAGGGAGACAGGAUUAAUAUCAGAGAGAGGGGGAUUAAUAUCAGCAACGAAUAACAGGGAGACGGAGGAGAUUAAUAUUGGAGAGAGUGAGAAAGGGAGGGGAAUUAACAUUGGGGGGGGGUGUAAAACAUAAAAUCAGAGUGGUAAAAUUAAUAUCAGGGAGGAAUAAAACUAAAAUCAGACAGGGAUAAAACUAAAAUCAAAGAGGGAUAACACUAAUAUUACAGAGAGAGGAAUAGAACUGAGAGAGAGUAGAAGACUCAGAGAAGAGAGAGAGGGAUAGGAAUAAAACUAAUCAGAGGUUAAAAAUAAAAUCAGAGGAAUAAAACUAAAUUCAGAGAGGGGGAAGAAAAUUAAUAACAGAGAGAAAUAAAACUAAUAUCAGAAGAAUGAAUGGAGAGAUGGAGGAGGAAUAAAUGUAAAUUUAAAGAUGAGGGAGGAGGAAGAAUAAAAUCAACAUCAGAGAGAGAGAGACAGGAGGGGGUGAAGAGGGAGACAGAGUUAGAGACAGCCUGACAGAAGAAGGAGAGAGUACAAAAGAGACCGUCUGACAGGAAGAGAAGGAGAGACUCGGCUAAAGAGACCCUCUGACAAGAGGAGAAGGAGAGACUCUGCUAAAGAGACUGUCUGACAAGAGGAGAAGGAGACACUCUGCUAAAGAGACUGUCUGAGAAGAGGAGAAGGAGGGUCUCUGCUAAAGAGACCGUCUGAAGUGAGGAGAAGGAGAGACUCUUGAAAGGCAGAGCACAGACGGAAUGUCCAGCUAAAUGUGUUGAAGCAGCAGUUGCUCUUGACAAUCGUCAAUGUGCCAAUUCCACCGUAACCCUUUGCACAUUCCAACCUUUCGAACAUUUUAAUAGUACUCUUGCCUGGUUUAUGUUGGGGAUUGAAGUGGGGCAGGCUUACCUUCCUGCUCAGGAUUUUCUGCUCAGAACUCUUUACGUGAAACAGUCUGCCUCUUCGCUGAAUGGUGUGGUCCCGAAAUGACUGAUCUGAACCGGCAGCUGCAGGAUUACCUGUCUCAGUCACGAGGCAAUCGCAGUGGGAGUGGGGCUGACAGUGAGCCCCUCCUCCCUCCGGAAGCUGAUUCCCCAGAACCCAGUCAGCCCAUGUACGGCUGGAUGAGCCGGAUGAACCCGUUCUCGUCUGGACAGAGCGACAAGACGGCACCAAGCCAGGACUCCAGCCCACCUUCGGGUGGGCUCUGGUCGAUGGAAUCAGACCCCUGCCUGCCCGCCCUGUCCCGCCGCCAGCGGCUGACGGGUUUUGGCCUGUGCCUGGCUAUGGGGCUGCUGUGCUUUGGCCUGUCAGCCCUCUACGCUCCCUUCAUGCUGCUGAAAGCCCGGAAGUUCGCCCUGCUCUUCACCCUGGGCAGCAUCUUCCUGCUGACUGGCCUGGCCCUACUGCGUGGACCCUACAACCAACUUCGCCUGCUGCUGUCCCGCCGUCACCUGCCCUUCACAGCCACCUACCUGGGCUCCCUGUUCGCCACCUUGUACAGCGCCCUGGCACUGCAGAGCACUGCCCUGACUGCCGUAGCUGCUGCCUUGCAGCUCCUCACCCUUGCCGGCUACCUGCUCAGCUCCAUCCCAGGAGGCGCAACGGGGCUCCGGUUUGUUGGCGGCUUCUUAACCUCAGCAUUCAAGCGCACCGUCAGCAAGAGCCUCCCGGUGUGAGGGACGGGAAAGCAGUCAUGGAGGAGGAGACUGGUGGAAGAUCUAACAGUCCCUGUUGGAAAGUGUUAAAUGUGACUCCAGUGGACAGCAGUCUCUUUUUCUUCCAUGCUGUCUUUCGUCUUUCUGUCCCCCCCACCUCUCUCUCUCUCUCUCUCUCUCUCUCCCUCUCCCCCCACUUCCGUCUCCCUCUCACCUCCAGGCCAGAAGUCACUGGGUCAAAUCCUGCUGCCAUGAUGUGAGCACAGUAUCCUAGGUCGAUGCUCCCAGUGUAGCCCUGAGGGAGUGCUGCACUGUUAAGAGGUGAACCUUUGGUGAACUAUUUUGAUGUUAAACCAAGGAUCCCGCAGCCUGCUCUCUGUGGUGGAUUUGAAAGUUCUUGUGAUGGCUACUAAUUUGAAGUUGUUGAUCUCAACCGAUUAAUUAUCCCUCUGUUUUCGUAAUUGUGUUAUGAAAAGCUGAACCAAUCCGGUUGUUCCCAUUAUCUCUGGUCGUUCUCAUAGUCCUGUUUUUGGGAUCCCACUGUGCGUAAAUUGACACUGUCAUGUCCCUUAUGAUACAAUACUCGUGGCACUUUGGAAGUACUUCAUCCUGCAGGUGCUCUGAGGCAUCAGGUGGUUAUGAAAGCUGGGUCUAUAGGCACAAGUUUAUCUUCCUGUAGCUGUGAAUGGGAAAGAUGGAUGCUGCUCAGGAGAGAACCGUGACAUCCUGUUCACGCAGCGUCGAGCUACCACCUAACAUCACAGCUGAAAGUCUCCACGAGUAGUCAACUGAAUUAUAUCCACACAGCAGCACGCCAUCACUUUAUCCCCAACCCCCACCCCCACCACAAUUGUCUGAAAACAGUCAACUUUGGAAUGAAGCUUAGAACCAAAGAUUUAACUGACUGUGCAGCUGGAGUGCCUCUGCAUCUCGGGAUUGAGUCUGAAAUAUACACAGCCUGUUUCCCUGCUCCUGGAGGGGUUAGGAUUUUCUGGGUACAAUGUGAACAAGGGCAUUUGGCCCCCCAUCCCCGAGCAAACCCCAGUGUUAGUGCAGCCAAACAAGCCACGGAGUCUUGAAACAGGGGGCACAGGCACCAUUUGCGCUGUGAAGGGGGUGGAUGAAGUACGCACUAUAUUUCCAGUUCCCUCAUAGUAAACAACGUCGUUCCAAAACAAGAUUGACUCUGGAGAAAGCAUUAGGAUUUCUUGGUGAAAUAUUGGGGGAUACAGGUCUGACCUUGUAUAACACCAGUGCACAGUACGAAUGGUACAGGUCUGUCAUUGUGUAAGAUGGCUACAGUGCUAACAGGUCUGUCACUGUAAUGGCUACAGUACUAAUGACUACAGGUCUGUCACUAACACCGUGCAGUGCUAAUAGGUCCAGGUCUGUUACUAUAUAAUAACUACAGUAAUAAUGGGUACACGUUUCACUGUCCAUCAUCAGGACACAGUGAUAAUUGGGACAAAUUUGUCACUGUGUAAUGCUGGUUCUGUCACCAGUUUAAAUGGGAUGAAUGACAAGCAAUAAACAGCCACUGUAUCACAUAAUUUCGGAGAAUGUAUUGGUUAAUAAUGACCAUUAAAUUAUUGUAAUACUCAGCUAA